AAGAGCCAUCCAGACGAGACUGGCAGAAGUCGUCAAACUCUAUGUACUGCUGCUCCACUUGUUCAACGGUUGCGGGCUUGCGGCUAUUAAAUUCCUCCUCCCCUUUCUUCCCUUCACGUUUCAUAUCUAAAUCCCACGCCUUUUCGUUCGUCUCUUACUCUCCGAGCUUCAACACUAACUCUGCAGCUGAAACAGAAUGAGCAAUUUAAGAGCCAAGUUCAUGGAGGUCUACUCUGUUCUGAAAUCGGAGCUUAUCAAUGACCCUGCUUUCGAAUUCACAGACGUUUCUCGUCAAUGGAUCGAGCGGAUGCUGGACUACAACGUUCCAGGAGGAAAGCUGAACCGAGGACUAUCCGUUGUUGACAGCUUUAAAUUACUGAAGGAAGGAAGGGAGCUAACAGAUGAGGAAGUUUUUCAGUCUUGUGCACUUGGUUGGUGUAUUGAAUGGCUUCAAGCAUAUUUUCUUGUUCUUGAUGAUAUCAUGGAUGGCUCUCACACGCGUAGGGGUCAGCCCUGCUGGUUCAGACAACCAAAGAUUGGCAUGAUUGCUGCGAAUGAUGGCAUCAUUCUUCGUAACCAUAUUCCGAGGAUUCUCAAAAACCAUUUUAGGGUGAUGCCGUACUAUGUGGAUCUGCUGGAUUUAUUUAAUGAGGUGGAAUUUCAAACCGCCCAUGGACAAAUGAUUGAUUUAAUCACCACUCAUGAAGGAGAGAAAGAUCUAUCAAAGUACUCCUUGGAAAUUCACCGGCGCAUUGUUCAGUACAAAACUGCUUACUACUCAUUUUAUCUUCCAGUAGCAUGUGCAUUGGUAAUGGCAGGCAAAAACGUUGAAAGCCAUGCUGAUGUGAAGAACAUUCUCAUUGAGAUGGGAACUUAUUUUCAAGUACAGGAUGAUUACUUGGAUUGUUUUGGUGAUCCUGAAGUGAUUGGAAAGGUUGGGACUGACAUUCAAGACUUCAAGUGCUCUUGGAUGGUUGUUAAAGCAUUAGAACUUUCCAACGAGGAACAAAAGAAACUAUUACAUGAGAACUAUGGGAAAGACGAUCAAGAGUGUAUUGCAAAAGUGAAAGAGCUAUACAACGUCCUUGAUCUUCAGGGUGUGUUUACGGAGUAUGAGAGCAGCAGUUACGACAAGCUUACAAAAUCCAUUGAAGCUCAUCCAAGUAAAGCAGUACAGGCUGUGUUGAAGUCAUUCUUGGCAAAGAUAUACAAGAGGCAGAAGUAGAGACUGACAUACCGAAGUAGCCUGGCUCAUUUUCUAAUAAAAGACUGCGAAAAAGAAAAAUAAAAGAAAGAUUGAAAUGUAUUUGUAUCCCCAUAUCUUUUUGUUUUCCGCUUAGGCUCUUAUGAAGAACUAACCAGCUAUGCUGGUUAGGCCUAACUUUGCUAAUUUGUGGAACUAUUAAUACAAUACAUUGUGUUAUUAGCCAAAAUUAGUACUUCGAUUUCAUUGAGAAACCAUUUUGGUUCGUUCUAUAACAAA